CCACCUCUACCCCACCAUUCCCCCGUUCCGAUCUUGUCGUUUUCCUCCCUCGUUUUCCUCUCCUCCUUCCAUAGCCCUCUGUCCCUCUCACUCUCUCAUUCUUCGAGCCCUCUGAAAUCAGCACGAUGGCCGCCGCCGGAAUCCCUGCACCCACCAACACCGCCUCCCCUUACAUCGGCCUGAAAGCCGCUCCUCAAAACCUCCUCCCCCUCAAAGACUCCCUUCAUUGGAGCCGGAAAACCGUCUCCAAUGGUGCAAGAGCCCACUGCAUGAAGACAUGGAACCCGAUCAACAACAAGAAGUUUGAGACCUUCUCCUACCUCCCCCCUCUGUCUGACGAAUCCAUCGCUAAGGAGAUCGAGUUCAUUCUCGCAAAGGGAUGGGUACCGUGUUUGGAGUUCGACGAGGUUGGGCAUGUUCAUAGGACCAACAGCAGGCGCCCCGGCUACUACGAUGGUAGGUACUGGACUCUGUGGAAGCUGCCCAUGUUUGGUUGCACAGAGUCAUCUCAGGUGUUGGAUGAGAUCCGGCAGUGCAAGGAGAUGUUCCCCGGCGCCUACAUCCGAUGCAUCGCCUUUGACAGUGAGCAUCAGGGACAGUGCAUGUCCUUCCUCAUUCACAAACCCCAAAACGCAUGAGGCUCUUCAAGUAAGAUUCCCCUUUCCGCUUUCUGCCUGGAGUCCUCGCCUCUGCUGCUUCUGCUGCCGCUUCCUUUUGCUGUUGUCUUGCCAACUUACCACUUUUAGUUUUGUUCUUGCGUGUACCGCCAUGGCUCGCUACGGCCAGUUUUUGAAGCUUUCAAUAAAGAUUCAAGACCUUGGUGUCUGUUAUUAUGAUCA